GCUUCUUGUGGAUUGGAGCCGGGAGAGAGAAAACUCUGUUACUCGCUCCGUCUCCAACUUUGAGAGGAAGUUACCACCUCUUCCCCGGACUGCACACACACGCUCUGGCAGACACACACGCUCUUCAGGACCUGACCACAGCAGCAACAGGGAAUCAACUGAAACAGUCAGGACUGCUUGUAAUGCUGUGUUUUUUGCUAAAUUUGGAGGGAAAGAAGGGUGAAAUUUUCAGUUUGCCUCAAGCUUUCUGUGUGGCCUGAAACGUUUUAGAGGGACAUUUCUUGUCAUCACAGACCGCCUGAGGACCAAAGAUCACAGCCCCUGAUCCAACAGCAAGGGAGAGAAGAGAGAAGCGUGAUCAUUUUGCAUCCAUUCUCAUUACACUAUGAGCUGGGACUGAGGACGUGCUCCAAAGUUUAAUUUUGUGGUGUACAGAAAGCAAAGUCAAGAUCACCAUGGAUGUGAAGAAAAAGGAAAUGGACCUCCUGAGCAACAGCAUAGCUGCAUAUGCACACAUCAAAGCAAACCCAGAGAGCUUCGGCCUUUACUUUGUGCUUGGAGUGUGUUUCGGCUUGGUGCUGACACUCUGCCUGCUGGUCAUCCGCAUAUCCUGCAAGACAAGGACCAACAUCGUCCCCUCCACACCUGAGAAAAAAAAUUUAAAGGACAUCAGUGAAGAGGACGAGGAGAGUGAGGAAGACGAAGAUGAAGAUGGCGAUGAUGUAGAGGCACCUGUCCCUUUGCCCAGCACAGAAAUCCCUGUUGGUAAUCAUACCAGCCAAUCAGAUGGGACACUGAGUGUAAACGUAUUUACUUCAGCUGAGGAGCUGGAACGGGCACAGCGACUGGAGGAGAGAGAACGUAUCAUACGUGAGAUCUGGAGGAAUGGCCAGCCUGAUAUCCUGGGGUCGGGAACAGGGACUAUUGGAAGAGUGCAUUACUACUAAGACACAUGAGGCUUCAAGGGAAACACUGUGAGCUCUGUGAAGGACAGAUAUAGACCUUUGGGUGGGCCUGAUGUCCCUGAAAGCCUGUGAGACUUGAGAGCCUGUGUUAAAUACAAUGCAAACAGGACAACAGUGAUGUGACAUGUUGAUAUGCCAAUACUUGGCUCUGACAGAGCUAAACUAAGUGAUAUUGCACUUCCUAUGUAGCAAUGUUAUUUUCAACUGACUACAUGAAAUUAAACCAAGAAGUGUCUUAAAGACAGAUUAAUCUGUAUGGAAAAGAUGCAGUAUGAAUGUGGGAGCUGAUGGACACUUUAAGUAAUCGGUCUAUUAAAAUGUAUGGCGCUUAAUGACAAAAAUGCACACAACUAGGUUUAUGUAUGUAAUAAGUGAACAAUGAAAGCAUAUGUAAGGAACAUAUAUGUACUGUAUAUUGCAAUGAAAUAAUUUGUUUGCAGUGAGGACAAUUAUCCUGUAUACUGGUGAGUUUUUGGGGAAAAUUCAAAACAGCGUUUGAAAUUUCUCCAAGAAAACACUCAUGAGUACUGUUAAAGGAAAUUACAUUGUUUGAACAAGCACAUAUCAAUCAAUUUGGGGGUUCAGAAUACACAGACAAUGUAAAGACAAUUAAAAUUGGAGUCUUUAAUUUAGGAGUACAUUCAAUCCGUGUCUGUGUUUUCAGGGAUAAUUCCACCAAAGGAAAUGGCAGAAUUAAAGAAUUAGGCUGAAAUAA